GUAAAUCUAAUCGUACAAUUGGUGCUCCGGGAGGUGGAUGUUUUGGUACCGACUUAUCCGAAAGUGUAAUGCGAAUUGAGCCCGGACCUCAUGUUUGCUAUAUUCUAUACUCUGGAUACUACUGCACAGAACCACUUUUCGAUGUUAAGCCAAUCUGUGAAUAUCGAAAUUAUCCGGGAG